AUGGCCAGGCAUCUGGCCAGCGUGGGCAUGGGAGGGAUUGGCUCCCGCUGGAGCAUUGGCACUGUGCCCCAUUUGCCCUCCCCUGGUGCUGACAGGCGUCUCUCCGCAGGGAUCCGCUCCUGGGACAUCGAUGUGGCUGCCUGCAACCUCGACGAGCAGCUGAAGCUCUUUGUGUCCCGGCACUCGGCCACCUUCUCCAGCAUCGUGAAAGGGCAACGGACCCUCCACCACCGCAGCGAUGUCCUGGAGACCCUGGUGCUGCUCAACCCUUCGGACAAGUCCCUGUGUGACGAGCUGCGAAACCUGGUCACGGACGUGUCCCAGCACAAGCUGCUGGUGUUCGCGGGCCCCUGCGUGGAGGACACCGGGGAGCUGAUGCUGCAGACAGGCUGCUUCUCUCUGCAGGAUUUCAUCCAGAUCUUCGCCGAUAAAGAGGUGGGGGAGAUCCUGAGCUCGGCCGACCCGUCCGCCAAAGCCCGCCUGACCAUCAGCUGCCCGGACUUCGGGGAGUGGCAGGACUCGGGCCUGGAGCAGCACAACCUGCAGGACUUCAUCGAGCUGCGGUUCAACCCCGGCUGCGUGCUGCCCGCCAUGGAGGGCUUGCAGGAGUUUGUGGAGUACCUCUCCGAGUCGCUGGAGCCCCCGUCCCCCUUCGACCUGCUGGAGCCCCCCACCAUGGUGGGCUUCCUCAAGCUCUCCAAGCCCUGCUGCUACAUCUUCCCCGGUGGGCGAGGCGACUCGGCCUUCUUCGCCGUCAACGGCUUCAACGUGCUGGUCAACGGCGGCUCCAACCCCAAGUCGUCCUUCUGGAAGCUGGUGCGGCACCUGGACCGCGUGGACGCCAUCCUGGUGACCCACGUGGGCACCGACAGCUUGCCCGGCGUCAACAGCCUGCUGCAGCGCAAGCUGGCCGAGCUGGAAGAGGACCCGUUGCAAGGCGUGCAGGCCGGCGAGGACUGGGUGAGGAACCUCAUCUCCCCCGAGCUCGGCGUCGUCUUCCUCAACGCCUCCGAGAAGUUGAAGGAGGCGGAGGGCGACUCCCGGGUGCUGAAGAGCAGCGACGAGGCCAGCCUGGCCCUGCGGUCCCUGGAGCGGCUGGGCAUCCAGCCUCACCCGCUGUGGCGGGAUGGCAGCCCCAGGGUGGAGCCCACCGUGCUGUUCCAGAAGAUGGGGGUGGGACGGCUGGACAUGUAUGUGCUGAACCCCACCAAGGGCAGCAAGGAGCUGGAGUUCCUGCUGCAGCACUGGUCCGGCAGCGGCUGCACCAGGGAGCAGGAGCUGCCCCUGCAGUGCCUGGCCUCCGUCUGCGUGCUGCUGGCGUGGCACCCGGCCAGCCCCGCCGAGAAGAUCAUCCGGGUGCUGUUCCCCGGCUGCGCCCCACAGAGCCGCAUCCUGGAGGGGCUGGAGAAGGUGAAGCACCUGGAGUUCCUCAAGCGCCCGGUGGUCACCAAGAACGACCUGAAGGCCGCGGGCCAGCCCGAGCGGCCGCUCAAGCAGAAGCGGGCCGAGAGCAAGGAGAGCCUCAAAUCGGCCUCCAGGCUGAGCCUCGUGGAGGCCGGCGCCCCCAAGGAGAGGACCCUCAAGGCCGAGAAGAAAGAGGUGAAGCCGGGGACCAAGGACAAGGCCAAGGGGCCGGGCGAGGCGGCCAAGCCCAACCUGGAGGAGCCCAGGGCCAAGCUGGACUCGUCGACCGAGAAGCUCAAGGUGGACGCACGGCCCAAGCCGAGCAAAGAGAAGGCGGCGCCCAAAAAGGAGCCGCCCGCCCGCGACACCCGGAAGGAGGAGAAGCGGCCCCCGAAGAAGGAGGACGGCGGCGCCGAGGCCAAGAAGGACACGAAGGGCCCGAAGAAGGAGCUGAAAGCGGAGCCGCCGCGGAAGGACGCCAAGGAGAGCAAGGUGGAGGGGAAGGCGGCACCCAAGCUGCCCUCCCGGAAGACCCCGGGGCCGGAGACCCGCAAGCUGGCGCCCAAGGUGGGCAGCCUCAGGAAGUCGACCCUCAAGAAGGAGCCGGACAAGCCCAAGGCCAAAGCGGUCAAGGAGGCCGGGGCGGAUGGUGGGAGGCCGCCUACGCCUGAGGAGGCUGGCGCCUCGGAGGGCUCCAAGUCCUCCACCCCGGAGGCUGUGCCGGGGGAGGCAGGCGGUGGGGCUGCCCCCAGGGAGGAGUCCACGGAUGAGGGCAUCACCAUGGCGGAGAGCGAGCUGGAGCCGUCGCCCCUGGAGAACGGGACCCCCGGGCACGGUGCCGGCACGCAGGCGUGCGCUGGGCCGGGCUGCAUGGAGAACGGGCUGCCGGGUGAGGACGUGGACAGCCCCCAGCGCUUCCGGUACCUGGAGACCAGCCCGCUCAAGGGCAUCGGGCCCCCCUCGCCCCUGCCCAAGACGCCCAAGAGCGACCGCAGCGUCAACUUCGACGUGACGCCCACGGGGCUCCUCAACCACUGCCCCGACGGGGCCGAGGAGCCGUGCGGCAGCUCCGAGGAGAAGACCCUGGAGAUGAUGUCCCCGGCCAGCUCGGGCCCGGCCAGCGCGGGCCACACGCCCUUCCACCAGUCCCCCGUGGAGGACGCCCUGGGCACGGGGGAGCCGGCGCCCGGCGCGCAGGACACGAGGCAGCUCGGAGCCUGGCGAGCGGGCGGCGCCGCGCCCCGGGAGGAGCCGGCGCGAGGCUGCUCGGCGGGGCCCACGCCGGAGCCCGACCCAGCGCCGGGCAAGGGCGGGUUGUCGCUGCCACUGCGGCCCUGCCAUCGCACCCCGCGGGCCGAGGGCGAUGGGCACGGGCGCCGCUCGGACUCGCCCCACGACGUGGACUUGUGCCUGGUGUCGCCCUGCGAGUUCGAGCACCCCAAGUCGGAGCGGUCGGCCUCCCUCAACCUCAGCCCCCGGGACUUGUCCGACAGCGACCUCUCCCAGGAGCUGGCCAAGCCGCUGGCCCCGCGCUGUGUCACUGCCCCCGACCCGGACGGGCCCCGGCCCGCCGAGGACUGCGCCUGCGUCCUGGCCGACGGCGGCCUGGAAUCGGAUGAAGAAGCUGUGCACCCCACCAGGGCCCGGGACCCGCUCCCAGCCCCCAUGAAGGACCCCUGCCCCCUCCCCGCCCAGCCCGGGAUCUGCAUGGUGGACCCCGAGGCCCUGCCCGUGGACCAUGCCCGCUCGGGGAAGAAGGAGCCGGCCGGCAAGCUGAAGAGGACUCCGUCCCGCCCGGGCUCAGCCCCCACGCCCCUGCGGGCCGACCCCCCCAAGCACUCCACUCUCAAGGCCAAGGCCCCCGGGGGCUCCGCGCGCGACAUCGGAGACAAGGCCCGGCCGCCCACCCUCGGCAGGGCCAACACCCUGGAGAAGGGGCUGCACGCCAGCGGGGACAUCCGAGCCCCCUUGUCCUCGAGCCGGGGCGCUGGAGUCCGGCCUCCCUCGGGCGCCGGCCGGUCGUCCCCUGCAGGCUCCAAGCCGGCCUCGCCCCCUGGCCCCCCGGUCUACGUGGACCUGGCGUACGUGCCCGGCUCGUGGAGCGCCCGGACCGUGGACGAGGAGUUCUUCCGGCGCGUGCGCUCCCUCUGCUACGUCAUCAGCGGCGAUGACCACGUCAAGGAGGGCGUCAUGCGCCCCAUCCUGGAUGCCCUUCUGGCGGGCAAGCAGCAGUGGGGCAGCGACGUCCAGGUGACCCUGAUCCCUACCUUCGACUCGCUGGUGAUGCACGAGUGGUACCAGGAGACCCACGAGCGCCAGCAGGAGCUGGGCAUCACGGUGCUGGGCAGCAACAGCACCGUGGCCAUGCAGGAUGAGACCUUCCCCGCCUGCAAGGUGGAGUUCUGAGGGCGCCGGCCAGGGUUAACCCUUUCCAGCCCAGCACCGGAGGAGGGACUCGGUUGCCCGCUGGCCCCCCUGCAGGGGUUGGGACCUGAUGCCCCUGCACUGGGAAAACACUCCUGAGCCUGGGGAGGGGAGGGGGGAGGAGCCCCUCCUGGACUGGAAAGGGUUACCUGGCAUGGCCAUGCCCCCCCUGCAUCGUCACUCACCACCUGGUUACUGCAUGCCCACAGCCAGAGCCGCACACAGUCCUCGCUCUGUCCCCUGCCCCAGGGGUGACGGUUUGGGCGGGGGGGGGGGGGUAUCCUCUCUGCCCCCUGCCCAGCAGAGGGGCUGGGGCUGCCCUGGGCAUGAGCCAUACUCGAGUUACAGGGUAAUUUGUUUGUUCCUA